AGUCGCGGCAAGUGUAAGCUAAUGAGAGGAAAGCUGGGCGUUGAAAGAGCAGCACUGAUUAGCGAAUCGGAAAUCGCCUUAAUGAAAGCCCACUUGUGAUUCGUUCUAAGUAGAUCAAAGCCUCGGCGGACUGGAACCAGCGGGACAUUGAGGGCUUGAGUCCACGUGAAAAUCGGGCAAUGGGUGAGGUAUCACCCAUCACCAGCAGCUAUUAAGCUUUAUUACCCUCUACGGAGUCCAUAUUUGUCCUGGACAGUUUUCUAUUUCCACAACCAAGGAAAGCUUAUACCCUCAUCACCUCUCUGAAGAACUAUUGGUCACCCAUCUCUGAUCUUGAUCCCAAUUCAUGUGUACUCUGUCAUCAGGAUGGCUGGCACGGUGCUAGGAGUGGGUGCUGGCGUGUUCAUCUUAGCCCUGCUCUGGGUGUUGGUGCUGCUGCUGUGUGUGCUGUUAUCCAGAGCCUCCGGGAUAGCUAGGUUCUCUGUCAUUUUUGUAUUCCUUGGUGCUGUGAUCAUCACGUCUGUUCUAUUACUUUUUCCCCGAGCCAGUGAAUUUCCAGCCCCAGAGGUCGAAACGAAGAUUGUGGAUGCCUUUUUCAUUGGGCGCUAUGUCCUGCUGGCUUUCCUCAGCGCUGUCUUCCUUGGAGGUCUCUUCUUGGUUCUAACUCAUCAUAUCCUGGAACCAAUCUAUGCCAAACCACUGCGGUCCUAUUGAGCAUUGUUGGGGAAAACCAAGACCCUGUUCUCCUCUGCUCCAUUUUUAUGACAUUGAUGAGCAACAGGGACUUCAGAGCCUUAUUUUGACAGUCUUCCUAUUUGAAGGCAGAGGAAUAUAUAUUCAUCACUAAGACAAAUCUCUUGAGCUCUGGCUCCCAGAAACAGGGUUGCAAAAUUGUCCCCAUGGGCAUCAAUUCUCACCGUUUUAGGAGGGCUGCUACUGUCUUCUUAGUACCUGCACUUAGGAAUUUCAUCUGUUUUGAAAGGGAAAUAGUAAUAAUCAUCUUAGAGUAGAUUUUCAGUCAUGCUAUUUAUAAGUGGACUUGGGGGGAAGGAUGAGCCCUUUUUGAUAAUAUGUGAAAUUCUUAGUUAUAAAUUAUUAUCAUAGCUGGGUGUGGUGACACAUGUAAUCCCAGCUACUCAAGAUGCUGAAGCAGGAGAAUUGCAAGCUUGAGGCCCACCUGAGCAACUUAGUGAGACCCUGUCUCAAAAAUUUUCAAGAAAAGGCUGGGAGUAUAACUCAGUGAUAGAGUGUUCCUGGGUUCAGUUCCCAAUACCAAAAAAGAAAAAAAAGUUGUAGUUAUUUGCAAAGUAAAAGCACUUAAACACAGAGGUUACUUUAAUGUGAUAAUUUGGAAGACUAAUUUAGAUGUUGGUUAUUGACCACCCUAUGCAUAUAAUUUCACAGAAGCCUAUAAAAGCAAUGGGUAUUACUUUCCUCUGCUCUAAUAAAGCAAUAAACAACCACCAAGGGGCUGACUUUCACUUCAAACUCUUAGCCAUGUAGUGAAGCAUUUGUAUUUUAUUUUCAAUCUGUAAGGUAGUAUUUUUAUAUUUCAAACUUGUUUGGAAAUUAGAGGACAGGUAGGAAAAUGUUGGUAGACUGUACUCCUGCCAUAUAUCUGUAGGUUCUUUUCCAGGAUAUGGUCCCUCUGUGUGCUUUUACAUUAUCUUAACGGACCAUUUUAGGUUGUGGUACUCUCUCCCCAUCUUUGUAACUCUUUCUUCAACCCUAAUCAGGAACAUAUAUUAUCAGCAUUAGAUUAUAACUUUAUACGUGCCUGAUCUCCCUGACCAAGUAAAAUUUGUGCCUAAAUGGAGGGUCACUUUAGGAAGUGUCAUCCUGACACCCUAGAUCUGUUUAGAAAAUGGUCUUCUGGCUUAAAAUGAAGACCCAAGAGAACAAGUUGGAAAGAUUGAUUAGGUAUGUGUUAUAUGCCAGUAGUCUGCUAAUACCUUUGAAGUUUAUUUAAGUUUUACAACAAUCUGUCAUCAUCACCCCCCACUUUUUGUUGUUGUUGUUGUACUGGGGUUUGAAUCCAGGGGUGUUCUACCACUGA